AUGUGCUACACUAGAGAACCCUCUAGAUUUGGUUCUAGUAAAUAUAGAUGUACUAAAUGUCAAGAACAAGUAAAAGUUAUUCUAGACAAAAAGAAUAAUAAAGAAAGUAUUAAAAAGACUCUGGUUGUAAAGAAAAAGGUGAAUCGAUUAACUGUUGCCAGUGCCACUGCCAAGACUGUCAAGAAGACACCCAUAGUUAAACAAGGUCGUGGUGCUGUGAAGCUAUUACUACGUGAAGCAUUCAAGAGACACCUUUUGCAAAAGUCAACCAAGUUUGGUCGUUUUGAUCUGAAAGAGAAACAUGUGAAUAAUAUGAUCCAAGCCCAAUACAAACUAUGCUCCAUCCUCAAGGUACCAUUGCGUUUGUUCACAAAGACCAACUUUAAGCUCAGCCUCGACCGAAUCAACGACUCUAUAACCUACACCAAACCCAACACUCGUAUCACUUGCCUCGAGGUCAAUACCCGUUCCAAGUGGAGAUUUCCUGACCCAGCUGUGCUUAUCGAGAAUUUCUUGUUUGGAUCAAAGCUGACCAAUGGCAAACUGGACACCCUUUUCCAUAGCCACGCCAUAGGAGAGGCCAUCAAAUUUGUCCUCCACUCUGCCAAGUGUAACACUAGAAACAAGGCUGUUGGUAGAAGAUUGUUUGGAAAGUAUGAAAUUAACUACAAUUUCAUGGUGCUCUUGUACUUUUUCCAAGGUGGUCGUAGUUGGUAUACCCGUGCCAUUCUAGGUGUCCCUCCAAGGGAACAAUCAAUACGUGAUCACCCAUCAUCCCUUUCACCAGAGAGAUUAGAUGUUUUAACCUCUUAUACACUCGAAAACACUGUAUUGAUUGAUAGCCGAACCCAGUCUACCAACAAUAGAGCGGCCUACAAAAACCCAGAAGAUUUCACCUUUGGAGAUGGCAAUUGGAGCAAGUUGAAAUUCUACUUUAUGAUCUAUUGUCAAGAAUGCUUCCAAGCAAAACCAAACCGCAUUCACCCCAAGUACUAUGAAGAUUGGCUCAAAGACAAUGAAGAAUUACAAAUCAAGGUUGCCAAGGAAGAACUUGAACGUUUAGAGUUUGUCAGAUUUGCCAGAUCCCUCUUGAAUAGAAUCGAUCAAAAAGAAAUAACCUUGGAACAAGCUGUUUUAAUGGUAAAAAGAAAUCGUUAUCAUUAA